AUGGCCGGCCAUACAAUCACGAGUUACCAAACAUUGCUAUACCUGUUCACGUUCGUCGCAAUCGGCGAAAUACUAUGUCAGGGUAGAGACGCCCCUGCAGCGAGACUUCAGACGCCACUGCCGAAGGGGCGCGCCAUACCUGUAGCCUCCGCCAACGGAGGUGCUAACGCCAUUGGCCGCCCGACCAAGCAACAGCAGCAGGACGCCGUCCAGAAACAGACCACGCCGACUCCGCCGGUCUCGGUCAAAGAGCUGUUCAACUCUUCGUCGUGCGUCGAACCUCCGUUCACGUGCCCUCAUCCGAAGAUCCAGUUUUACUUGUACACCAGGCUCACUCAGAACAAUCCCGACUUGAUGGACGUGACCGACCCGGAAUCGCUGUACAAGUCACAUUUCAACCCCAAACAUCCGGUCAAGAUUAUCAUACACGGAUUCCAAGGAGGCCGAAACCUGUCGCCGAGUACCGAUCUCCGGAACGCUUAUUUCACUAGGGGAAACUACAAUAUAAUCAUAGUGGACUACUCGAGUUUGGCUCAGAUACCUUGUCUGAACCAAGUGGAAUGGGCGCCUAGAUUCUGUGCCAUGUGCAUCGCUCAACUGGCCAACUACCUGGCCGACCAUCCCCGAGGAGUUCCGCCCGACAAGCUGCACAUGAUGGGGUACAGCGUGGGCGCUCACAUCGCAGGCCUGGCGUCCAACUUCAUCAACUCGGGAAAAAUCGGACGGAUCACCGGAUUGGACCCGACGAUCAUAUUCUACAUGAGCAACAACCGAUCCAGGGACCUCGAUCCCACGGACGCUCAUUUCGUGGACAUCAUACACACGGCGGCGGGUAUCCUGGGUCAGUGGGGCCCUAGCGGACACGCCGAUUUCUACGUGAACGGCGGCACUUCGCAGCCCGGCUGCGCCAGCGACAGCAUCAUUCAGACGCUGUCGUGCGAUCACACCAAAGUGACACCGUAUUUCAUCGAGUCGAUCAACUCCAACGUCGGAUUCUGGUCGUUACCUUGUGCCAACAGAUUUUACUUCAACUUGGGCCUUUGCGAUCCGCCGGAGUCCGAGUACGUUUUGAUGGGCGAACACGUGACACACAAAGCUCGUGGUAUUUAUUACCUGCACACGAACGCGAAGAAACCUUACGCCAGAGGCUUUCCCAAGAAGACGCUGAGGACGUGA